AUGGUGGUGGUGGAGGCCAAACUCGUCUCGUUCGACUCGGCCACGGGUAAUCUCGGUUGGCUACCUGUGAUGGCGAGCCCGUUAAAGGCAGCUGUAGGCGGGAUGUGCGCGGGGCUGGUAUUCUUUGUUGUCUUUGUCCCGCUGGCAGUCCUCGUUCAUCAGGCGGUCUUCUUCCGGCCGCAGCUCGAUGCCGGACUCAUGGUGGGCGCCGUCUCGGAGGUGACGGCCAAGAUCUGGAUUCGGGUCGUCGGCGGCGAGUCUGGCGUAGUGGAGGCCCGCUGCGGGGAAUGGCUCUCGGAGCAAAUCGGCGUUGAGCUCGCUGAGAGCCGGCGGUGGAUGACUGUGGUGGAGUUGCCGCUGGCGAGCUGCGGGUGCGCGCCCGGCGAGCGGGUGACCGUCUCCGCCGUCGUCGUCGGCAGCUCGCGGCCAGAGCCAGUUUUGCUCUCGGGAUCGUUUGCCAUAGCGCGCCGAGCCGAAGCCCGGCUUACUGCUGACGACGAGUUGGCGUGGGUCUUUGGCUCAUGCCUCUCGCGGAUGGCGCUCCCGCCGUUUGCGUCGCUCGCUGUCUUUGACCACAUUGCUGCGACCGUGCCUGACGCUGCCUUUGCGCUCCUGCUCGGCGAUCUGAUGUACCGCGACCUCAAUCGGGCAUGGGUCCCGUUUCUGCAUCUCGAGCCGGAUGUGGCAUACGAGCAGACGUGGUCCGACUCGAGCUUGCUGCGUUUUGCGGGCAAGGUCCCUGUGCUCACCAUGUUUGACGACCACGAGAUCGAAAACGACUACGACCGCGGCCCGUCGCCGGAUCUGGACUACGCGCUCGCUGCGUAUGACGCGUGGAUGGGGAGCCGAAACCCCGAGCCGGUUGCUGCCGGCUCGCGGUACUACACCUUUGCACACUCGGCUGACGUGGCGUACUUUGUGCUCGACACCCGCUCGGGUCGAUCCCGCAACGACGCGCCCGACACUGCGGGCAAGACCAUGCUCGGCCAGGACCAGCGAGAAGCGCUGCUGGCGUGGUUGGUGGCGAGCCACGAGGCUGGCGUUGCGUUCAAGGUCAUCGGCUCGCCGGUUUCGUGGGCGCCGCACGGCGAUGGGCACAUGUUUGCGACCGAGACGCGCGACAUUGUCGCCUUUGUCGCUGCCUCCAACAUCACCGGCGUCGUUAUCCUCUCUGGCGACACCCACUGGGGCGCAGCCUAUCGGCACGGCUUUGCCGAGCCGCACGUCUACGAGUGCUCGGCAUCGCCGUUCCAGGCGCUCCCCUUUCCGCAUCCGGACACGCUGGCGGUCGUCGAGCCAGGCAUCAAGUCUGGCGACGACGACGGGUGGAGCGAGACGCUCUUCCUCUCGUCGAUGUCGUUCCACUACGGAGUGGCUCGGGUCUCAGGUGCCGACAAGACGCUCACCUGCGAGAUCUACGGGUUCUGGCCGUGGUCUACACCACAGAUGCUGUUCUCGUCGACGGUUGCCGUCUGA